CUCGAAGCAUGGAGCUUGACCGUGGUAAUCGAUAAGACCUGUAUGAGCUCAAGACAUCACGACCUGUGCGUGGGCUCACUCUCGCGCAAACACCGAACCCUCGACCUGUGUUCGACGGCGACAUGGCAGCAACCCUACAGCCUGAAGGCGUUGCCAGAACGCUCAAUGGCCACCCUGAGUCGGAGGACAGCACCACAUCACCACGAUGGAGUCACAUGAACCGUCUCCUGUCCCGUCAAGGCGCCUACACCGAUCCGGAUGAGUACGAACCUGGCGCAACGCCCCUGAACAAUAUCUCCAACUCGCGGAUCCUCGUCAUUGGCGCUGGCGGUCUGGGCUGUGAGAUCCUUAAAAACCUGGCUCUCUCCGGCUUCCGACACAUCGACGUAAUCGACAUGGAUACCAUCGACGUCUCAAACCUCAACCGGCAAUUUCUCUUCCGCGAAAAGGAUGUCGGGUCGCCCAAAGCCUCAGUCGCUGCCAACUUCGUCAUGAAGCGCUGCCCAGGUUGCACCAUCACUCCACAUGUCGGCAAGAUCCAGGACAAGGACGAGGACUUCUACAUGCAGUUCAACGUCGUUAUCUGCGGCCUCGACAGCAUUGAAGCCCGACGCUGGAUCAACGCCACACUUGUCAGUAUGGUCGACAUGGACAACCCGGACAGCCUGAAACCGCUCAUAGAUGGCGGAACUGAAGGGUUUAAAGGCCAAGCUCGUGUCAUCUUUCCAACCAUGACCAGCUGCAUUGAGUGCCAACUGGAUAUGCACGCUCCUCGCGCAGCCGUCCCGCUUUGCACACUCGCCACAAUCCCACGGCAGCCUCAACACUGCAUCGAAUGGGCGCAUAUCAUCAAGUGGGAAGAAGAGCGCAAAGACAUUAUCCUCGAUACUGACGACCCAGAACACAUUACCUGGCUCUAUCAAACUGCCAUUCAGCGUGCCAAACAGUUCAAGAUCGAGGGUGUGACGUACUCGAUGACUCAAGGCGUCGUGAAGAACAUCAUUCCAGCAAUUGCAUCCACCAACGCCAUCAUAGCCGCCGCCUGCUGCAACGAGGCUUUCAAGAUCGUCACCUCAUCCGCUCCCUUCCUCGGUAACCCAGGCCAGAAUAACUACAUGCUCUACACAGGCGACAGUAGCGUGUACACGUACACGUUUGAGCACCAAAAGAAGGAUGAUUGUCCCGUUUGCGGAAACCUGCCAAAAGGCAUUACCCUUGACCCUGAAUCCACGCUAGGCGAGUUCGUUGAGUCACUGGCUGAGCGACCGGAAGCGCAGCUCAAGAAGCCGAAUUUACGGACGGAGGAGAGGAGUCUGUACUACUCCACUCCUGCAGGGCUGGAGGAGAGCACGCGACCGAACCUCAAGCGCAAGGUGAGGGAGAUAUUAGCGGAGGGAGAGGAAUUUGUUGUAAAUGACCCGAGUUUCCCGGAGGUCACACUCAAGUAUGUGGUGAGAUAUGGUACGUAGGUGGUCCUAUACUCACAAGGGAGUGAGAAGAGAUUGGCAUGAUUACCUGCAUAGCGUAUGGCGUUGGGACAGACGGCGUAUGUCGCU